CCACGCUAUUCUUGUCCUCUCUCUCUCUCUCUCCCUCCACCGGUUGUUUCCAGUUAUUGGCUAGAAAUUUCUCACACAUUCCAUUUGACAACCUCCAUCUGUCAGUUUAUGCUUUGUUCGAAGCAUGAUCCAUAUAUGGCAAAACAAAAUGUGUGCUUAAUGCCUAAGCUAUCUCUCCUCCUCCCCCGCCAUAUUAACUCUCCGUCCACGUCAAGGCCGUCUGUCUCAAUUAUUAUGACCAGAAAACCCUUCACCAAAUCCCUGUUUGAUAUCUAAACCCUGGAAUGUUCCAAAAGAACCUGGGACAACACGGUAAAAUAAGAAGUUUAUAGUAACAUUAUCUUUGUUUGAAGGCUGAGCGUCCCCAGUUAGCAACCAAAUCAGAGAUAUUUAAAAGAGGCAAAUCCUGCAGCUUUUUGGUCUUUAACACCGUAUCAUUUUCGUGUUUGCUCUCCCCCCAGAAAAAAAAUAUGGCAUCUCGCUACGAGGUUGAGGUAAGCAUUUCAUCAGCCAAGGAUCUGAAGAAUGUUAACUGGCGCCACGGCUUACUCAGGCCAUACGCCGUCGUUUGGAUCGAUCCAAACAGUAAGUGGUCAACUAGAGUCGAUGAAGAAGGGGACACUUGUCCUUUCUGGGAUCAAAUCCUUGUUAUCCCCUUACCACCUGGCCCCAUUGAAGACCACACUCUCUACAUCGACGUCGUCCAUGCCAACGCUGAGGAAGACACCAAGCCACUCAUCGGCUCGGCUCGAUUGAAACUCUCUGAAGUUCUAGAUGAUGUCGGAAUUGGCCAACGACUCAACCGCAUUCUCCAGCUAAAGCGUCCUUCUGGCAGACCCCAAGGGAAAAUGGAUGUUAAUGUUACAAUCAGACAACCUUCUUAUCAUCCCCCGCCUGCAUACUACGCGCCUCCUUAUGGCGUCCCGCCACCGCCGUCAGCUUCCAGAGACUACGCUUAUGGAAGUCCAUAUCCAUACUACCCAACUGCACCGCCUAGUGGGUAUCCGUACGGUGCGGCACCUCCACCACCACCACCACCUUACGGUCAACGAAGUUAUAGUUACGGUGAACAACCGGUUUAUGUGCAAGAGGAAAAGAAGAAAAGCAAGUUUGGUGGAAUAGGGACUGGAUUGGCUGUGGGUGCGGUUGCUGGUGCUUUAGGUGGACUCGCAUUAGCUGAAGGUGUUGAUGCGCUUGAGGACAAGAUCGCAGAUGACGUGGCAGAAAGAGUCGAGGAUGAUCUUGGGUACGAUGGUGAUGACUUCUAGAUGUUUGUUUGCUGAACCGUGUGCUGUUUCAUCUAAUCUUGUCAUAUUCGUAAAAUAAUUGUGUUUGUUGAGAAAAUCAGUUUUCCGAAGGAAGCAAAGUCAGAUCUUAUGUACUAAAUUUCCAGUGCAUACAUAAAUUAUUAUAUUCUCUA